UGUCUCUCUGUCUCUGUCUCUGUCUCCGUCUGUCUCUGUCUGUCUCUCAGGAGCUUCCACUUUGGUUUCAUGGAGGACAGCAGCUACAUUGAAGGACUUGUUAUGGGUGAUGUCAUCAUGCCGUCAGUCAUCGUGGUUAAUCUGUCCAAUGACGGCUACUUCCUGCCAGAGGGCGCUGUGGAGACAGAGCGCCACCUGCUGGACUUCCUGAAUGGGAUUCUAGAUGGUACAGUCCAGUGUCAGGGAGGAAACGGCGUCCUUCAGCGUGUCAGACGCUUUGUUUAUGACAUCAGAGUCUCACUGAUGCUGUUGUUCAGACAUGCUCCGGUGUUCGGCUGCUUCCUGGUUGGCUUCCCGUUCGCCAUGGUCACCGUCUUCUUCUACCUCUGCUGCAAGAACCGCCCCACCACGAGUGACGAUGACGACAAUGACAGUGUCACGCCGUCACUGCAGCGCCAUUCCAGACUGGCCGACAAAAAGUCGGACUGAGGCAAAGCGUCAGGGGGCGGAGCUUCAGCUGAAACUGAUCAGACGUACAGAGUUUUACUUUAGUGUUGAUGACAUCAUCAGUAUGUGUUUGACCUGACAUGUAAUAAAAACAGUGAA